CAGUUCAUUGGCAGCUAUUGUGCUGUAACACGCCAUAAGACAAUUUUUUUUAUUUCUGUGAUUCCCCUUUGAGAGAUUUUUUUUGGCGAAAGUGAAGGAGAAAAGAAAAAAAUGGUGAUUAAGAUGAGUGGGAGUGAGAAGAUGCAGCAGCGUCGUGAACUCAUUGGGAAUCGCAAGGAGUUCCGAAUUGAGAAGAAUGAUGCCCAUUUGCGUAUUGUUGGGAAUGACAAUCGCAUCCUGGUGCACCACAACAAUGGCUCCGUGGACAUUGUUGGGAAUUCCUCAACUGUUAAGGUGGCUCAGAAUGCAGGAAGUAUCCAGUACACGGGGAAUUGUGGACGCAUCAGUCUCGGUGCAGGAAGUUCAAAUACCAACGUCAACUACACCGGAAGUGGUGGACGGAUGAAGCUGAUUGAUGGCACAAAUGCGCUGUGGAAGAAAAAAUCCCCGAAUGAUAAGAAAGAGCAUCGUAAGACGUCGGAGCAAGCACGUGGGAGCAGCCCCAAGAUCUUCCCUGAUGCCACAAAUGUUCACAUCAACACCAAUUCCGCCAAUAUCGUCAUCAACAAUACAAUAAUUAGAUGAAUUUGCGCACAACCGCCAACGAACAUGCCUCAGGAGAAAAUUUAAUUAAUUUAUUUUCUUUAAUUAAAUAACGUGAGACAACGUCUUCACAUGAUAAGACUGAUUGAGUGAAGAAACAAGUGAAGUUGUAGUUAAUUUUAUUUAUUUAUUUGUUUUUUAGAAAAAGAAUUGGAAUGAAUGUGAAUAGAUAUAUUUUAUGUGAUUGAGAAAUAAAAGAAAAAUGACAAGA